UAUGAAUAACGUCUACAUUAAGGGAUCGCCUAUACGAGUAGGUUUAGCCAACGCUAAACUCUCGAUACCAAAGAUUAGGCUAAAGAAGUCUUCUCAUUUCAGAAUGAUCAACUCAAAAAGGACAAAGCAUCAGAAAAUUAGGCUAAAGAUCAGGAACGAACUAGAUAGUAUGCAUAGAGUAAAUCUUCCGGCAGGAAGCCGUUCUCGGCUUGCCGUUCGGAACUCGAUUACUCCGAUGAAUUAUACUAAAGAGUACUGUACCAAAACUCCAGACCGGAGGGAGCCAACCCCUCCGCCUAAAAUUUUUAAGAACAAGAAGCAGAAUACGAGAUAUCACUGAAUGCUGCAAGGGUUCUUUAAAAAAAUACACGAGAAUGACCAGAGUAGAAAUUCUCUGAAGAAAGAAGUACGCACUGUAGCGUAUUAAAACUAGUUAAGAACCAUCAACGAAGAUCUGUCGUUAAGAAUGAAUCAAAAAGAGUUGCUAAUGGAAAGGUUAGACGAGUGAUCUACUCACGAGCUGCAAAUUAUAAAACCAUUGAAGAUGCUUCAGAAUGAAGGUCUCAAACAUUCCUGAAGAACACCCCUGUACAUAGAAGUAGCUUCAACAUUCGUAUUAAGAAGUCCUACUGAAUAAAAGAGCAGAAGAAGAUGCUAUUUCACCGUAAAAAUAGUACUAAUUGCUAAAAUUCUGGAAAUU